AUGGAAACGACAAGAAACAUUGAAGUAAAAGAGACCAUUGAUAUUCUCGAAGAUUUGUCUAGCUUACUGAACGCUGGUUUAGAUAGAGAAACGCUUAGUUUAUGUGUAUCAUUGUGUGAACGUGGUGUUAAUCCGGAGGCGCUUGCCACUGUCAUUAAAGACUUACGUCAACAACAGCUUUCUGCUGCGGAAGCCAACAGUCUUAGCAAUUAA